AUGAGCAAGAUGAAUGAUGAACAAAAAGCUAGAAUAGAAGCUAACAGGGAAAGGGCUCUGGAGAGGUUGAAGAAAAGAGGAAUCCUUAAAGAUAAUGAGCUGAAGCAAAUCGAAAAGAGGAACGAACCCACUAAGGAACCUUUUAAGGAAGCUACUGCAAACACACCACAUCAGUCACUAGUUACUGAAUCGCAGGCAUCUGCUAAUGUACCAUCAAAUUCAACGUCGUCAGACGCAUCAAAACCAGAAGAAUCUAAAAAGCGUCCACUAGAGCGUAUAAAACCUUCUAUUCGAACUAGAGAUUACAUUGAAUAUGACUUUUCCACCAUGAAGAAUUUGCAUGGUGGGUAUAUCAAUCCAGAGGAUCGUCCAAGUACAUUUGAUGAUGAAGAUGUAAUGGGUUCUAAAAGACAAAAGACAUUAGAAGAUUGGAAAAGAGAACAACAGGAGCGUAGAUAUCUUUAUGAAAAUGCACCACCCCCAACACACAUUUCCGAAGCCUCCAAGUGCAUCGAAUGUGGUAUAAACAUUGAAAUGGAUCCGGUUAUGGAUGAUGUCUUCAAAAUAAGAGUUUGCAAAUCUUGUGUGAAAAAAAUGCCACAGAAGUAUUCGUUAUUGACUAAAACUGAAUGUAAGGAAGAUUAUUUUUUAACUGAAUCUGAGCUUAUGGAUGAGACUAUCUUCCACAAAUUGGAAAAGCCGAACCCUCAUUCUGGUACAUUUGCUAGAAUGCAGUUAUUUGUUAGAUGUGAAGUGGAAGCAUUUGCAUUUAAGAAGUGGCAGAGUGAAGAAGGUUUAGACGCUGAGUGGCAUAGACGUGAAGCCGGUAAGGCUCAAAGGCGUGAGAAAAAAUAUCAGAAGGAGCUAUUGAAGAUGAGAAUGAAGACAAGAGCCCAGGAGUUUACCACUAAGAUCAAAGAGCGGAAGCAUGGUAAGGCUCACGAGCACGAUUUUAGUGCAGCUAUGGAGGGCGGUACUGAUGAAGAUGGUCACAAAUUGCUACGGCGUCGUUGUAUUGAGUGUGGGUUAGAAACAGAAGAAGUGACAUUGUAA